AUGGCAGUGACGAUGCCUAACAAGGAAAUGUUGGUCGUUUUCCUGGCAAUUGUGGCGGGCCUGGCGACGACGAUGGUAUCGCCGGUCGCCGGGAUCUCAGGGACUGCAACUUUCUACACGCCUCCUUACACACCGUCGGCGUGCUUCGGGAACGCGGCGGAGGGGACGACGAUCGCGGCGGCGAGCGAGGUCUUCUGGGACGGCGGGGCGGCCUGCGGCGACCGGUACGUGGUCACGUGCACCGGCGCCACCAACCAGGGUGUGCCGCACCCCUGCACCGGCCGGAGCGUCACCGUCAAGAUCGUCGACCUCUGCCCGGCGGGGUGCCGCGGCACCAUCGACCUCUCGCAGGAGGCCUUCGCCGUCAUCGCCGACCCCGACGCCGGCAAGAUACAAAUCGAAUAUACCAAGUACGGUCUAAUACUAUUCAGCAAGCUAGGUGACGGCUGA